CAUCAAAUUCCACCAUUGAUGUACUCAAAAGCUUUGCUUACUUCUGUUGACUUUUUUACUCUCCACUAAUGAACAGAACGCCACAGACAGUUAAACAUACACCAUUAAGGACUUCUUGAUACUUGCUUCGUAAGCUUUCCUUUUCCCAUCACUCGGGAAGUGGAUUGUGAUCUCAGAUUCUCAGUCUCUUUAGAAGCACCUAUUCAUUUUAUGAGGUCUUGAUCAAUUGUAAUGGACGUUGGUGGGCUUAGGCCCAACUUAAAUGAGAUAUUAGGCUCAACUCAGAGCCCACUAAGGCCUUCGAAGCUUAUUCUCCGUGCUUCUUUUCCCCUUCUUUCUGGCGAACCCUGAGAGCACACGACGCUGCUUUGUAACUGUUCUGCUCAAUGGCCACCGUAAACAAUCCGAAGUCUGCUGCUACAGCCAACGUCAACAAGGGCAAAAAAAGAAAGCAACGUUAUCUCCCCCAUAAUAAGCCAGUGAAGAAGAAGGGGGCGUACCCUUUACACCCAGGAGUGCAGGGUUUCUUUAUCACUUGUGAUGGUGGCAGAGAGCGUCAAGCCUCUCAUGAGGCCAUUAAUGUUAUUGAUUCUUUCUAUGAGGAGCUGGUCCAUGGAAAGGAUACAAGUGUGGAUCUUGCAGAAUUGCCUAAUAAACCUUUAAAUAAAAAGAUCAAGUUUGUAUAUUCUGAUGAUGAUGAUGAAGAGGAAGAGGACGAGGAAGAUGAUGAUAAUAAUGAGGUUGAGGAGCAGGAUGAAGAGGGAGGGGAAGAAGAGAAUAAAUCAGAUGUUAAUCAAAAUAGCGAUGCUAAAAGUGAAGUUCCAACAAAUGAAAAGUUAAGUUUUCCUAAUGUUGAGAAUACCUGUGGUGCAAAUCAAAGAGAAGAAAAGACUAAGGAUAGCGAAGAUAGUGGUAACGAUCUUGAAAACCCAACAAGUGAAGCCAAGGAGCCACCAGCAAAAAAACAAUGCCUAGAUACUUGUGUUUCAAAAUCUACUAUCCAUGAAAAGAUGGAAGAGAAAUCUGUUGAUAAGCUGAUUGAAGAUGAACUCAAAGAACUUGGGGAUAAGAGUAAGAGGCGCUUUGCGAAUCUUGAUUCAGGUUGUAAUGGUGUUGUUUUUGUUCAAAUGCGCAAGAGAGAUGGAGACCCUUCUCCUAAGGAUAUUGUACAGCAUAUGAUGACAUUUGCUGCAUCAACAAGGAAACACAUGUCAAGGUUCAUAUUAAGAGUGCUGCCAGUUGAAGUUGCAUGCUAUGCUUCUGAAGAGGAAAUUUCAAAAGCAAUGGCAUCAAUUGUGGCAAAGUAUUUUCCUGUGGAUGCUCAAGACCCGCAAAAGUUUGCAGUACUGUAUGAAGCUCGUGCAAACACUGGAAUUGACAGGAUGAAAAUUAUAAAUUCAGUGGCAAAAUCUGUUCCUGGACCGCAUAAAGUCGAUCUUAGCAAUCCUGAGAAGACAAUUGUAGUUGAAGUUGUUAAGACUGUAUGCUUGAUUGGGGUUGUUGAGAAGUACAAGGAGUUGGCCAAGUACAACAUGAGGCAGCUCACAUCACCAAAAUAGUGGCUAUCCUUCCUAAACAAGAGCGUCUACUUCUUCAAUUUUGAUAGAUCAAUCCUGUUACCUGUAUUUUAUUGUUCUCUGCCAAUAUACCUUUUUUCUUCCUAUUUAUGAUGUUUUAUAUGUUGGCGAGCUUAACAUUCAUUAUUUGAAUAAUUUAUUUCCCUUGAAUUAUGUGGAAAAAAAUAAUCUGUCAAUGUACUCUCUCCCAGGAGUCGUCUCAAUUAUUCUCUACCUUUUAUUUCA